AUGGGUUUCGGGAACCUGACUGGCUAUCCCAAGCUACUUGUAGCUGCCAACCCCUCAAGACUCGAGCUGGUCACCCUUUUUGCUGGCCUGGCGUCUUCAAUUGCGUCCGGUGUCCCCUUUCCAAUCAUCGGUAUCAUCUUCGGCCAAUUGAUCGAUGAUUUCAACUCAGUGACCUGCGAACAAACCUCCAACUCCUCCGGAGAUGACUCAAGCGAGCAAUCAGAUAUUAACAGCAAGAUUCUGCUGAUCGUGUAUCUGGGAAUUGCGCAAUUCGUCUUGAUCUACAUUCACCUACUAUGCUGGACGAUGACCGGUGCGCGCCUGGCGCAGCGACUCCGCGAAAAAUAUCUCCAGAACCUCCUCCGACAAGAACCCUCCUUCUUUGACAACCUGCCCGCCGGAGAAGUUGCCUCCCGUCUUAAUACCGAUAUUCAAACAAUUCGCUCCGGAACAGCUGAGAAGGUCGGAAUUUGUAUCUCAAGUUUCUCCUUCUUCGUCACCGCAUACAUCGUGGCAUUCAUCAAAGACUCUAUUCUUGCCGCGAUGUUGCUUUCCUUGAUCCCCGCAUACUUCAUCAUGUCCUUUGUUGGAAGUUACUAUAUCGAGAAGUACACCGGGCGCAUGUCGGACUUCGCUGCUUCCGCUGCGUCAAUUGCCUCAGAAGCGCUUAAUAACAUUGUUGUCGUGCAUGCCUUUGGCGCGAACGCGCGUCUGGAGGAGAAGUUCUCCAAGGCUCUGAAGGAUUCGGAAACUGAAGGAUUGAAAAAGGCUACUGCCACUGGUAUUCAAGCCGGUGUCUUGUAUUUCGUUGCAUAUGGCGCCAACGGUCUUGCCUUCUGGCAAGGAAGUAAGCAGAUUGCCGACGCAGUGCGCUCAAACUCAGCCGGUGCCACCGUCGGAGCUGUUUUCACUGUCAUUUUUGUUUUGGUCGAAGCUACCCUGCUUCUGAGUCAAGUUGCACCCUUCAUCCACUUGUUCACACAGGCAGUUGCUUGCUAUCACAAGCUGCGUGAUGAUAUUGAGCGUACUUCCCUGAUUGAUGGGUCUUCCGAUGCUGGCCUCCGUAUCUCCCAGGCGGAGGGCGGAUUCGAGUUCAAGGAUGUCUCUUUCAUUUACCCCUCUCGGCCAGAGAUCACUGUUCUUAACAGUAUCAAUCUCUCCAUUGCCCCUCUGAAGCACACUGCCCUUGUUGGCCUUUCCGGAAGUGGAAAGUCCACAAUCGCUGGUCUGGUCACUCGUUUGUAUGAUGCCACUGAAGGUACUAUCACUUUCGAUGGCCAGAACAUUCGCGAUCUCAACACCCGUGAUCUGAGAGGGUUCCUCAGUCUCGUGCAGCAGGAGCCUUCUCUUCUUGACCGCUCUCUUUUGGAGAACAUUGCACACGGCCUGAUGAACUCUAGCAAGCCCGCCCACGCACACCUGAAAGCCACUCUUCUUGGAACCGAUCUCACCGAUCUAGCCAAGGAAGUUCGGGAUGGUCAGAACCUUGUCACAGCAGCAGAGAAAAGGGGCCCCGAAGUUGUCGAAAUCGUUCAAUUGGUCCGAAAGGCCGCCGGCCUUGCCGAUGCGGCUGACUUCAUCGAAGCAUUGCAAUACGGAUACGCUACAAUGGUUGGAUCCAGUGGUCGAUUGAUCAGUGGUGGCCAAAAGCAACGAGUCUCUCUUGCUCGUGCCCUUGUCAAGGAUCCCGCUGUUCUCAUUCUGGAUGAAGCCACUGCUGCUUUGGAUUCCCGUAGUGAACAACGUAUCCAGCGUGCUAUCAAUAACAUUUCAACCGGCCGAACCGUCAUCACAAUUGCUCACCGUCUGUCUACGAUUACCAACGCGGACAAGAUCGUGUGUAUGCACAAGGGAGAUAUCUUGGAGGAGGGAACUCACUCCGAGUUAAUGGCAGCCAACGGACCUUACUCCGAAUUGGUCAAAUUGCAAACUCUUGGAGCUGCAUCCGCAUCUAACAAGACUGAUUCCUCGGCCAGCGUUACAAGCAUCGAAAAGUCUGAUGAUACUUGUGUCAUUGAAGUCGAAAACGAGAAGGGCAGUCUCUCGACCGACCCUGAGCUUCCGAAAGAAGGCCGUGUGUCGACUACUGAAGCGCCAGCCAGCGAAGCUGCGGAAGACGAAGAGCCUCAGACUCCCCCCAAGACCCUGUGGGCUCUUUGCAAGGGUUAUGCACCAGCUCUCAGGCCUUAUCUGCUUGUCAUUUUCGCUGCACUUUUCGGUGCCAGCAUGGUCGGUGGAGCCUUCUCCGGUGAAGCUGUCAUUUUUGGAAACACUGUUGGAAGUUUGAACCCUUGCCACAGUGCCGACAGUAUUAGCAAUCGGGGUAAUUUCUACGGUCUGAUGUUCUUCGUUCUUGCGCUCAUCGAAUUCUUUGCAAACAUUGUCAGCUGGGGAGGAUUUGGCCUUGUCUCCGAGAAGAUAGUGUACAAAGUGCGUGUCUUGUCAUUCCGGUCUUUGUUUGAACAAGAUCUCCAGUGGCAUCAAUCCAACGGUCGCUCGCCCGCCUUGCUGCUUUCUUAUAUCACCAGAGAUGGUAAUGCGCUUGCUGGUCUGAGCGGAUCUGUCAUUGGCACCCUGUUCUCUAUCACCGUCAACCUCAUCGCUGCCAUCAUUUUGACCCACAUCAUUGCCUGGAGAAUUGCCCUCGUCUGUCUCGCUCUUGUACCUCUUCUGCUCGGAGCUGGUUUGAUGGAGCUGAUGGUCCUCGGAAAAUUCGAGGAACGCCAUGAAACUGCUUACACCAAGUCCGUUGAUAUUGGCGUGGAAGCUGUUACCUCCAUCAAGACAAUUGCUUCCCUUUCUCUUGAGGAAAACACCCUGCAAACCUAUCGACGCUCCCUUAAGGGACCUCGCAAGGAGACGUUUGUCGUCACUCUGCAGGCAAGCUUCUGGCAAGCAAUGACCUACUUCCUCGGCAACAUGGUGAACGCACUCGCAUACUGGUGGGGUUCCAAGCAGAUCAUCAACGGCAACUACACCCAAACCCAAUUCCUGAUUGUCGUCUUCUCUCUUCUGGUCAGCGCUCUGCUCUGGAGUCAGAUGUUUGCGCUCGCGCCCGAGCUUUCCGCCGCCCGCUCCGCAAUGUCCAGAAUCCUUGGACUGAUUGAGAUCGGCAAGGACAACAUGAGUGCACACGUUGACGUCCCCAAGAAUAAGGAUCUCGAGGCAAUCGAAGAGAAGCCCACAUACGACUCUGGCAGCUCAUCCUCCAGUGUGCAGCUCCGUGAUGUUCACUUCUGCUACCCUGCCCGCCCCGACAUGAAGGUGCUGAAGGGCUUGAAUAUUGAUAUUAGCCCCGGCAAGUUCUGCGCCCUGGUUGGACCCAGUGGUGCAGGUAAGUCGACCAUCAUCUCUCUGGUCGAACGCCUCUACACACCUGAAUCCGGAUCUAUCAUCAUCGACGGUGUCGAUGUGACCAAGACCUCGGAUGUCUCCUUCCGCGACUGGAUCUCCCUGGUGCCCCAAGAAAGCGUUCUCUUCGAGGGAAGCAUUGAGUUCAACGUUGGUCUCGGUGCCCGACCCGGCCACAACGUGUCCAUUGAAGAGAUCCAGGAGGCUUGCAAGCUCGCAAACAUCCACGAUGUCAUCACUUCGCUGCCAGAGGGAUACCAGACCCUCUGCGGACCCAGUGGUAACCAGUUCUCUGGUGGUCAGAAGCAGAGAUUGUCCAUUGCUCGUGCCCUUGUCCGCAAACCCAAGCUUCUGAUUCUUGAUGAAUCGACCAGCGCUUUGGACGCUGAGUCUGAGAAGCUCUUGCAGGAUGGUUUGGAGAAGGCCGCGCAGGGAAUCACUGUCAUUGCUAUUGCUCACCGUCUUCACACCAUCAGAAAAGCCGAUGUCAUCUUCCUGAUUGAUGGUGGUGUGUGCACUGAUUCUGGUUCUCAUGAGGAAUUGCUCGAGCGCUCGGACAGUUACCGGGCAAAUGUCAUGCACCAGACUGUGGCGACUUGA